UUAUUUGAAAAAUAUCGCUAACAAUAGAUUCCCAUUUCUCUGGCAAUUUAUGAUCGCCAUGCAGGAAAAAUUGAUACUCUUUUUUGGCAAACCUGUUACCAAGCUAUUUUUAUACAUUUUCGUAAGAACUGAAGAGCUAUUGAGCAAGUGCUUGUCCUCCAUAAAUACACAGUAGUCUGAAUGAAUAGCAGGGCCAAAAAUUUUCAAAACAAAAUUGAUGAUAAAAGGAGUGGCUGUAUACCCAGAUACAUCUGACAU